AUGACUGCCACAAAAUCGCCCAAUGUCUUUGACCUAAUGUCUCUUAAAGGAAAGGUUGCAGUUGUGACCGGAGGUGCCCGCGGUCUUGGAUACGAAAUGAUGCUCGCGUUGGCUGAAGCCGGUGCGGAUGUAGCAUGCAUUGAUAUUCUUAGUGAUAUGGCAGUAAACUCUGCUGAAAUCGUAGCAGCUGAUUGCAAGGUCAAAGCAAGUGGUUGGGGAUGCGAUGUAGCCGAUGAGGAUCAGGUCGCGUCCGUGUUUCAAAAGAUUGUCGAGCACCAUGGCCAAAUUGAUGUACUGGUUACCGCCGCUGGCAUCAAUAAGAACGGUAAAGCAUUCGAGUUUACGGGCAAGGAUGUGCGCAAGAUCUUCGAUAUCAAUGUCACUGGUACAUUCUUCUGUAUGCAGCAAGCCGCCAAACACAUGAUUGAUGCUGGACGAGGUGGAUCAAUUGUCACGGUGGCAUCAAUGUCGGCUCAUAUCUUCAACACUCCGCAAUUCCAUGCACCAUAUAAUGCGACUAAGGCGGCCGUACUGCAAUUGUCAAGAUGUUUGGCUUGCGAGUGGGGACCACACAACAUUCGUGUAACCACCAUCUCCCCUGGCUACUUUGCGACGGAAAUGACAAACAAGCUGAUCGCUGAUUGUGGCACAGGCGGGGAGAAUAUGGUGAAAACCUGGAAAGCAAAAUCUCCACUUGGUCGCGUCGGGACACCACACGAAUUAAAAGGGACCGUUGUGUUUUUGGCAUCGGAGGCGUCGUCCUUUUGCACGGGAACUGAGAUUCUGGUUCAUGGUGGCGCAACCGCUUGGUAG